AAGAGCUAGUUCUGGAACCAAACUCUUAGUUACGACUUUUAGAAGCUUGCUUAUAAAAUGCAGGGGCUUGGAUUACAAAGUCUUAAGAAAAAUCCUGCGUUGAUCCCGCUCUACGUUUGCGUGGCUGCAGGAGCAGUUGGAGCGGUUUAUUAUAUGACUCGCCUAGCUACACGGAAUCCGGACGUUACUUGGAAUCGGUCAUCCAAUCCAGAGCCAUGGCAAGAAUAUAAAGACAAACAAUAUAAGUUCUAUUCACCUGUAAGAGAUUAUUCUAAAACAAAGAGUGCUGCUCCCAACUUUGAAGAAUAAAAUUUUCAAAUGGAAAUUGAAUUAAAUUAACUGUCAUAAUAAAUGCAUUAAUGUGCUGAUUAUUGUUGUA